AUGGAGACUUAUCGUUUCCCCAUUGUCGGUUGCCCAUCUGGCUUAAAACGAUUGCUUGAAGAUGAAAAGAUUAAAAAGGUUGGAGUAGGAAUCGAAGGUGAUCAGUGGAAACUGCUGAGUGACUAUGAAAUAAAACUGAAAGGAUUUGUGGAAUUGGGGAUCAUGGCUAACCAGAAGCUCAACUGUUUUGAGAAGUGGAACUUGAAUGGUCUGGUGAAACACCUACUUGGCAAACAGCUUGUAAAAGAUCAGUCUGUACGUUGUAGUGAUUGGUCUGUAUUUCCGCUCAGUGAGGACCAGCAGAUAUAUGCAGCCACAGAUGCCUAUGCUGGUCUUCUGAUUCAUCAGAAAUUAGAAAGCUUCUCUAUACAUCAGAGAACAGUAUCCAGUCAGAAGAAAGAACAUGCAGUUUCAUCAUCUGCUCUAAAGCAGCAGUUAUUCUCAGUAUCUAAAGAAGUGAUAGAGAUGGCCAACCAAGUGCCUGAUACUACUGGAGAAGCAAGUGAUUGUAUACAGAGAGCUGCAGACAUAAUAAAUGAAAUUUCAGAAAAGCUGGGCAAUUUACGAAAUAUAUUGUUGAACAUGGAUGAUGGGGAUAAAAAUUUAAAAGACAAGUUUUGCCUGAAUAAACAAGACCUGGAGUCUGUAUAUGAGAGAGAAGACAGUGCUGAGGAACAUAAACAUUCAAAAAUUCCUAGCAUCUCGAAAACGCAACAUACAGAUGUAGACACUUCAUCCUGUAGUCUGUUUAGCCAUGAUAACAUUGGUGACAUAGCUGAAGAUGAAAGUAAACUAGCAUCAAAGCAGCAGGGAGGUGGAGUUUUGCUUAAAGAACAAAGCAAGAACGAGAGUGAAAAUUAUCUAAUGUCACUGCAGAUUUCAGAGUAUGAACUUCAAAUGUUGGAACGGAUGGCCAGAGAAGAGACAAUGCAUGAAAAGACUCUUGAAUCCAACAAGGUCCAGUGUACAUCAGUGGAUGAAGAAGCAGACCUUUCUUUCGUGAUAGAAAGUGAUGAAGAAUUAGAAAAUGAGAUGCUUAAGGCCCUAGAUGGUAUGGACCAAGACUCAAAGCCAGAGAAAAAACAGUACAGUUAUACCAGUGACCGUUCUCUGAACGAAGAAGAUGAAGAUGAGGGCAUAGUAGAAGAAGAUGAUGAGUUGGAUGCUUCUUUACCGGAACCAGACUCUGAACAGAUUAAGUGUCUGAAGACAUAUUUUGGGCAUUACAGUUUUAAACUAGUUCAGUGGAAGGUGAUAUACUCUGUUCUGGAAGAAAAGCGAGAUCAGCUGGUAGUUAUGGCUACAGGUUAUGGAAAAAGUUUAUGUUUCCAGUUUCCACCAGUGUAUUCAGGAAGUGUUGGAAUAGUCAUUUCUCCCCUGAUCUCUCUGAUGGAGGACCAAGUAGUUCAGCUUAGAAUGUCUGACAUUCCCGCAUGUUUCCUUGGAUCAGCACAGUCCAAAAAUCCUAUAGAAGACAUUAAAGCAGGUCAUUACAGAGUUGUAUAUAUUACUCCAGAGUACUGUUCAUGUAAUACAAAGUUGCUUCAGGAACUGAAUGAAACUCUAGGCAUAGUUCUGAUUGCAGUAGAUGAGGCUCAUUGCAUCUCUGAAUGGGGUCAUGACUUCAGAAGCUCUUACAGGACACUUGGUACACUAAAGUCUCGGAUGCCUGAGGUUCCCAUUAUUGCCUUGACUGCAACAGCUAGCCCAUCAGUUCGACAGGAUAUUGUGAAGAGUCUUCAUUUGAAGAAUCCUCAGAUUACCUGUACCAGCUUUGAUAGGCCAAAUUUAUUUUUAGAUGUUUGUCGUAAGUCAUCAAACAUUUCUCGGGACCUGCAGAUGUUCGUUAUUAAAAAGGAUCGGUAUUCUUACGUGUUUGAAGGCCCUACCAUUAUAUACUGUCCGUCAAGAAAAGCAACUGAACAAGUAACUGUGGAGCUGGAAAAGAUGAACAUUGCUUGUGGCACCUACCAUGCUGGAAUGGGAAUCAAGGCUAGAAGAGAAGUUCAGCAUAAAUUUAUGAGAGAUGAAAUUCAGUGUGUUGUCGCUACAGUUGCUUUUGGUAUGGGCAUAAAUAAACCUGAUAUUCGGAAAGUUAUUCAUUAUGGAGCACCAAAAGAAAUGGAGUCAUAUUAUCAAGAAAUCGGUAGAGCUGGCCGAGAUGGAUUGCCUAGCUCUUGCCAUGUACUCUGGACCCCAGCUGACAUUUGUUUGAGCAGGUUUUUGCUGAAUGAAAUUAAGAAAGAAGCAUUCCGUGAGUACAAAUUAAAGAUGAUGAGAAAGAUGGAGCAGUAUCUUGGCUCAUCAAGAUGCAGACGAAAGAUAAUUUUGUCUCACUUUGAAGAUGAGAAACUCCGAAAGGUCACAUCCGGUAUCAUGGGUACAGAAAAAUGUUGUGACAACUGCCUGACUAGGUAAUUUUUUUCUCUGCACAUAAACGACUCCGAAUCUGACCUACAGGACUUUGGAAAAGCAUGCUAUCAGCUAAUGAGCGCAGUCAAUGUUUUAGGAGGAAAAUACGGAGUUGGAAUGCCUCUUCUCCUCUUAAGAGGAUCUAAUUCUCAAAAGUUACCUGAUAGAUUUCGUAAGCAUCACUUAUUUGGCAGUGGAAAGGACCAUGCAGAGAGCUGGUGGAAGAGUUUGGCCCGACAGCUUAUCGCAGAGGGUUAUUUGUCAGAGUCUUCAGGAUACAGCAAAUUUGCCACCACUUGCUGCUUAUCUGCAAAGGGAAUGAUAUGGCUUGAUAAGGCCAAAAACGAGUCUCACCGCAUUUUGCUACUGCAACCUACUGCAGAGCUGUGUCCUAGGAGUUCCCUUAUGCCAAGUCAUAGCCCAGCUCCUGCUCAGUUGUCUCAGAAGCAUGCAACUGUGAAGUCUCCAGCAAAACCUACUUCAGAUCUCAAGGCAAUUCGUGGGAGAUUUAGACAUGAAGGAAAAGAAAAAAUACCACGAAGUACUGGCCUUACAGAUAUUGGUUUAUUGUAUCAGUCUCCAACAAAAUGCACACCUUCCGCUUCACAGAAAAUCCCAGAAAUCUCAAAAAAGGACUUGGAACUGCAAAGCUUAUUAUAUGGAAAGCUGGUGGCAGCAAGGCAGAAACUCGCCAAUGAGAAAGAUAUUCCUCCGGCUGUGUUAGCGACAAACAAGGUGCUUUUGGAUCUUGCCAGGCUAAGGCCAUCAUCUAUUGAAAAUAUUAAGAAGAUUGAUGGAGUGUCUGAGGCAAAAUCCACCAUGCUGGCACCACUUCUUUUAACUAUCAAGGAGUUUUGUCAGGAAAAUCAUCUUCAGCCGAAUAAUUUUCCAGGUUCAAGGCCUAGCACCCCAGAGGAACCAUUUUCAUCUCAGGACUCAGAAUGCCCUCUUACAUUGUCUAAUGAUGUUCAGGUCACAUACUCCAUGUUUCAGGAGCAAAAUCAGACUCUGGAAAGUAUAGCUGAGCAAAGGCAGCUGUCCAUUGCUGUUGUUGGUGCUCACGUAUGUCAGGCACUGAAGUCCGGUUAUCCAGUAGACACAGAAAGAGCAGGCCUUACCCCUCAGAUUAAGAAAGUGAUUACAGAUGUUAUCCAAAACCCUCCAAUUAAUUCAGAUACAAGUAAACUUAGAGACAUAGCAAACCUGGUUCCUCAUUACAUUGAGCCGUACCUUAUUAUCCUGACUGUGACAUUGCUGGAAAGAAAGCUUCCUAGAGGAGUAUUGAAGAACAACCAAAAUGCAGAUGAUAUGCUAAAAAGCAUCAGACUGGCACACUUCAGCAGAAGAGCAGAUGAGAGUAAGUUGGAAACAGAGCUGAGCUGGAUUGAAACUGAGGGAAAGUCUGUAAAGAAGCAAGAUGGUACUUCACAAUUUGUGAAGGAAAGUGUUCACCAAAGAGAAAAAGAUCAUCUGUACACAGAUUCUCUGUUUGAGGGGAUGUCAACACCAGCAAUAGAUGUUAGCACCUUCUCAUCACUGAAGCAUGGAUCCUGCAAUGAAGACAAGUUGCUCACUGGCUCUCUGCUUGAGAAAAAACCUGAAACACAGAAGGACAUCUCAUGCCAGCAGCAGGCCAGCACCAGUAAAAAGAUGCAGCAGCAGAAGUCCUCUGUAAAACUGACAUCAUGGAAUCAGUUCUCAGAAGAUGAGGAGCUAGAAAAUCUGUUCACAGAGUCCCAGUCACAGUCCUCCAUUCUGCCACCAAAAAGGAAACUUCCAGAAUGGUUUGAAGAUCCUAAGUACAAGAAUUCUCCUUCCACUUCUAUCAAGAAAGCCAAAGGUGCCAAAGGACUCUUCAAGUGACAUUGGUAUUAUCGUGUCCAAAAUGACUUGAUUGGUCAUAUAUGUACAAUAUUUUUCAUUUCAAAUGAGCAUCUAAGGACUGCUUAUCAGUAGUUGUAGAUUUGUAUUUUAAAUGCAUAUGUAUCACAGGUGUUACAUCUGUCUAGCACAUUAUACAGCGUCAAUUUUAAUACAGUAGGCUUGCGGUUGCACCUCCCUUAACACAGAAUAUGUCAUUAAGUCCUUUAGGAUUUCAUAAGGUCAGUUUUGAACAACUGUUUUAGUUGUCAGAACUAUAGGUUCAAAUUGUUUUUUGUGCUUAGAAUUUCAUGCCAUUAGUUGCAAAAUUAAACCAACUUUUAACAGUCAGCAGUAAGAAAAAAAACUAAACUUUGCACCCUUUUAGUAUUGUUCAGUGCUUUCUUCCACAUUUUACAUAUGCUUCUUUAUAACAAACAGAACAAAUAAGGAACAGUGAUUUGUACUCUUCUUUCCCAGUUCAUAUCACAGUCUUAUUUCACUUAUAUAUGCUAAAUGUCACUAAUUGAACAGGAUAGUUGCAUUCAUUUUUGGGUUCACAAAGAAUGUACCUUUUAUUAAUGACUUUGGGGAUUUGAGGAGGAGUUUUGAUAAGAUGCUUCACAGAAUGCAUGAUUACCUUUAAUAUAUUUAUUUUGCUAUUUCCUAUCUGUUAAGGUGUUAAUUGUGGAUGAAAGCACUAAACUCUAAAUUAAAAGGUUUAUGUAAUUUUUCCAAGUUGUGGUGGUUUAACUUUAUUAGUUGCAUAAUGUGCUGAAUGAUGUAACAGAUGGACACCUAUUGCUGUAAUCUAUUAAUCAUAGAAUUAUUGUAAUGUGUAUUUCACGAAGGCCAGUUAAGAAUUGUUUUUCUUGUGUUGUACUAAGUAGGUGUCAGAAAACAGUUACAGGAUUUACAGUCAGUAUUGCUCCUGUUUAUUUUAUGCACUUAUGUAGUUUUGUAAUGUAUAUACACAUUUUAUCAUAAAUCCAAAUGGUAGAAAAUCCCAUAAAAUGAUUUUAUAAACCCAGAUUAAAAUUCCAGAUAAUUUGCUGACUGACGCGAACAUAAGAUUCUGAUGGCAUUUCAUAAUUUCUCAGAAUGGUUAAUUCAACUUAGUAAGUAUUUCUCUCAUUUCAUAAAAUUUAUGCUUUUUUAACUAAUUAUCUCAUAUCACUUGACAUAAAACUAGUAAUAUUAAAAGUAAUAAGCAUUGCUAUACCUGCAAAUCUAACAGACCUUUAACAGUGCUGCAUAAUUUUCCAAGGCGCACCAACUUCCUGAGACAUAGUUUAAGCCCUCUUGAAUAAUGUCAGCGAAUAUUCCAAGUAUAUGUUUUCUGCUUAGUUUAACAAAGUAGCCCCCAUUAACUUUUUUUCCACUUUUUUAGCCUUCAUUAACUUUAGUGGUACCAAUAAAUAUGUUGCCAGAGGUCCCAUAGUCUUUGCUUAGUAGCAGUAAGAUGUGUCAAAAAGAUGAACCUGAGAAUAAAUAUUUUUAUAAUUCAUAUUAUUAA